AUGGGGGAACAAGUUGACAAGAAGUUCACAUGGGUGAUUAAGAAUGUUUACUCUUUGCAGUCGGAGAAUAUAUAUUCUGAUAUAUUCGUGAUCGGUGGAUGUAGAUGGCGCCUUGUGGCAGCAUAUUCCAAGGGAAUUAUAUUUAAUGACGCUCUGUCUCUGUAUCUGACGGUUGCUGAUGUUGAGUCUUUGCCUUCUGGAUGGAGUAGACACGCAGAGUUUUCUUUUACUGUAGUGAAUCAAAGUUCUGAAGAACACUCCCAACUGCAAGAUGUCUUUCGUGAUUUUACAGAAACAGAAGGGUGGUUUGAUGACAAGACUCCUGUCUGUGGUUUUGCAUCCAGCUUUCCCCUUGGAAAACUUGAUGCUAAAUAUGGUGGGUUUAUACUGAAUUAUCAAGUCAAGGUUGUUGCAGAG